UCUUCUUCUUCUUCUUCUUCUUCUUCUUCUUUUCUCUUUGAUCAUUUCCUUUCACCAUAAACACAAACAUUCAUUCCCAGAUACACUCGGUUUCUACAGCUCUUCUUUCAUGCCCCAUUUCUCAGUACCAAAUCAUAAGCUUCACUUGGUAACUAAAUUUUCCUUUGAAUAUACAUAUAUUUACUUUGUGUUUUCGAUCUAGCAUUCUUUGUGUUUGAAUCUUGAGGGAGUGGUGUCAGUAGUCUUCUGCUAACUCAUCAUUACAAUUCUUCUGUAUAUAUUCAAGAAAGGAAACAAUUAAGAAAGUGUGUUUUUGUGUUCUUGAUUUGUGAAAAAAUGAAAAAGGAUCAACAGCACGAAGUUCAGCAAGAAUUAAUCCCAUCUCUUAAGCUCCUCCACUCACAGAGUUAUCUCCAUAACUUUAUCGUAUACUUUCUCUUUUUCGGGUCUGGUUUAGUCAUCGGAAUUACGCUAAGUUCCUACCUCAAAGACGCCCCUCAAACCAUGCAACUCAAACAAUUGUCAACCAGCAUCCUCAUGCAAGCGCCACCUUCUCCACCACCUCCCCCACCAUCUCCACCACCUCCACCGCCACCCAGUGACGAACAUCCUCCACCAUCACCUCCGUUGCCUUGGCAGUCCUUGUCGCCGGCAUUGCCAACACCACCUUUCACCGGCAGGAUUGGACUGAGGCAAUACUUGAGGCCUCCAAGGGCGAUGCAUGAUAUGACAGAGGAGGAAUUGCUUUGGAGGGCUUCUAUGGUGCCUAAAAUUCAGGAAUAUCCAUUCAGACGUAUCCCAAAAAUCGCAUUUAUGUUUCUCACAAAAGGGGAUUUGCCAAUGGCUCCUCUCUGGGAGCGUUUCUUCAAAGGGCAUGAAGGACUGUACUCUAUUUACGUCCACUCUCAGCCUUCUCACAAUAUAACGACACCAAAGACUUCAGUGUUUUAUCGACGCCAGAUUCCAAGUAAGGAAGUAGCAUGGGGGGAGUUCAACAUGGUUGAAGCAGAACGCCGUCUCCUUGCUAACGCAUUACUAGAUUUCGCGAACCAACGGUUCAUUCUUCUGUCGGAGGCCUGCAUCCCGUUGUUCAACUUCAACACCAUAUACAACUACUUGACACGAUCAACCACAUCAUUCAUUGAGUCAUACGACCAAUGGGGGCCGGUUGGCCGUGGCCGAUACAACAAGAACAUGGAGCCACACGUGACGUUGGAUCAAUGGCGUAAAGGAGCGCAGUGGUUCGAGGUGAAUCGGGAGCUCGCCGUGGAAGUCGUGUCGGACCAAAAAUACUACAACCUCUUCAAGGAGUACUGUAAGCCCGAAUGUUACUCGGACGAGCACUACCUGCCCACAUUUGUGACCAUGAAAUUCCCCUGGAUGAAUGGGAACCGGACAUUAACCUGGGUUGACUGGUCUAAAGGUGGGCCACACCCUACCCAAUUUUUACGGUCAGAUGUCACAGUUGAUAGGUUAAAACGGAUGCGAACGGGCACCACUUGUUUGUACAAUGGGAAGCCCACAAAUAUUUGCUUCUUGUUCGCAAGGAAGUUUACUGCCAACGGUUUGGAUCGCCUACUGAGACUAGCACCUCAAAUCAUGCACUUCAGAUGAGACUAAUGUUGGUAUAAUGUAUAGCAACUUUUUUUGUUUUUUUGAUUUUCCAUUCUUUCAAUUUUUUCCAUGAUCAAGGUUAAGUUGAUAACUGAGUUAGAAACUUUAAUUUUGUUUUAGGGUAAAUUACAACGACCUGCUCUGAGA